GUGCCAUAACGUGACGUCAAACUUCAUUCACAUGGCUUGGCGAACUUCAUCAUUGCACAAUUCCAUGUAAAAGUUCUUUAUUUAAGCCAGUGACAUUAUUUACAAAUUUCUCAUGUGAGUAUUUUGAAAACAGAGGUCGUAAAGUAGGAAUUAAGGAGCCAUCUUGGCUUAAAACGCCUUUUCUGGGGCGAAAUUAGACUGUAAACCCUUCACCAUACGGGAAGGGGACGACACGCGUGACGAAGGUAUUUCCGUCGUGUCUACCUGUUGGAUUCAGCAAUAAAACAUGGCCACAAAUGGUGUAGAUGGAGGCGAAUCAAGCGCCGAUAGAAAUGUAGAAAUCUGGAAAAUAAAGAAGCUGAUCAAGAGUCUUGAAGCGGCGAGAGGAAAUGGAACAAGCAUGAUUUCAUUAAUCAUCCCACCGAAAGAUCAGAUAUCUCGAGUCAACAAGAUGUUGGCUGAUGAAUUUGGGACAGCAUCCAACAUUAAGAGUCGAGUUAACAGGCUGUCUGUGUUAGGGGCAAUUACAUCUGUACAGCAGAGACUCAAACUAUACAACAAAGUUCCUCCCAAUGGUCUUGUAAUAUACUGUGGCACAAUCAUUACGGAGGAGGGGAAAGAAAAGAAAGUCAACAUUGACUUUGAGCCGUUCCGGCCGAUCAACACAUCCUUGUAUUUAUGUGACAAUAAAUUCCACACAGAGGCCUUGACAGCACUAUUAGCUGAUGACAACAAAUUCGGGUUUAUAGUGAUGGAUGGUAAUGGGGCAUUGUUCGGCACACUAUCAGGAAACACAAGGGAAGUCCUUCACAAGUUCACAGUCGAUCUACCAAAGAAGCAUGGUAGAGGAGGUCAGUCAGCGUUGCGUUUUGCCCGUCUCAGAAUGGAAAAACGACACAACUACGUCAGAAAAGUUGCCGAAGUCGCAGUACAACUCUUCAUCUCAAAUGACAAGCCAAACAUUGCAGGUUUGGUCCUUGCCGGUUCAGCUGACUUCAAAACAGAACUUAGCCAGUCCGAUAUGUUUGACCCUAGGUUACAAGCAAAAAUUAUCAAAAUAGUUGAUGUCUCCUAUGGAGGUGAAAAUGGCUUCAACCAAGCAAUAGAACUGGCAUCGGAUGCCUUAGCCAACGUCAAGUUUAUACAGGAAAAGAAACUCAUAGGCCGGUAUUUCGAUGAGAUUUCCCAGGACACAGGCAAGUUCUGUUUUGGUGUUGAGGACACACUGAGGGCGAUGGAGAUGGGAGCAGUGGACAUCCUCAUUGUGUGGGAGAACCUUGACAUCCAGAGGUUCACGCUCAAAAACCAUCAAACUGAUGAGGAGAAAAUUAUUUUCUUGAAGCCAGAACAGGAGAAGGACAAAACAUACUUCACAGAUAAGGAUACGGGAGUGGAGCUCGAGCUAGUGGACCAGAUGCCCUUACUAGAGUGGUUUGCCAACAACUACAAAAACUAUGGUGCCACCCUUGAAAUCAUUACAGACAAGUCCCAAGAAGGAGCCCAGUUUGUGAAAGGAUUUGGAGGCAUUGGAGGAAUUCUUCGAUAUCAAGUGGAUUUCCAGAGUUUGUCUGCCCAGUUUGAGGACUACGAUGACUAUGACCUUGAUGACUAUUAAAGAACUUGUCCCGAAACUGACUGGUGAAGGAAGUUGGCCGCGGGUUCUCAAGAACAGUUGUCUGGAACGUUGUUGAAGAGAAACAUCUUCUUUAGAAUUGUAUCUCAGGAUCUGCCACGACAUUCUAGUGUUACAAACAAGCCAUGGCACACCUAUACCCUUAAUGGGAUGUGCAGGAAACAAUUAAUGGCCAAGCCCAUUUAUUAUCAGAAGGGAGAUCAGGUCACUUUUGACCCUUUUCUUCUGAUCUGUUUAAUGUUCAUAUGUUAAACAUUUGAACGGGAACUGAGAAAUUCUGUGAUGACUUUGUGAAUUCAGUUCCACAUUUGCUAAAGUAAUUAAUUUAAUAUGAAGACUUGUUUGCAUGUGAGAAACCUAGCUAUGUCAAUGUAGGAUAUGAAUUUGUAAACGACCAUGAAGCUUAAGGCUAUAAUGAAUAAAUUACUAGACAUAUUAAUCUUUGACAAGCAAUUUGUGUGUGUAAAUUGAUGUCAGAUUCAAUGUAUUGAAGAAUCUGCUUCGUUACGAUCGAUAACUUAUAAACAUGAAAUAAAAAAUGACCUCAUUUUGAAGAUUUGUCAUUGAAUUUGUUCUCUAAAUUCAGUAUGUCAUUAAAAGAACCUGAUUCAACUUAAGCCAAAAGACAUGUAGUUAUGUGACCCUACUGUUGUAUGUUGCUAUGGUGCAGUGCCUGCAUCAAAACAAAACUGUCGCCUUCAAACUGGGUUCACAAUCCAAACUGUAGAUUAUGUACAUUUUGGUUGUAGCUUGCUGGCCAUCGGCUCUUUGUCAAUCUGUACGCCAAAUAAUUUGGAAGGACAUAAUAAAAUGGCAGGCUUUUUCAUUUGCAUUCCUUAUCGGACUGGAAACUAUUUAGCUAUGUGGGGAAACACAGAAGAAACUAACGUUUUAUUCAAUUUCAAAUUUUCUGGUUAUGAAUCAUUUAUUAACAGUGAACAUUCUUCUGCAAUAUUAAUGACAUUCUCUUACUUUUUCUGGAUCGGUUUGAGAAAUUAUUGGUUGAGGCUGCUGGACUGAAACAUUCUGAUGGAUAUAUCGGCCCUUUGGAGAUGGUUCCAAAUAUAUUAAUCUUUUGGUCAAAGUGGCUGUUUUUAGAAGACAGAAUAUGCUUUGAGAUUAAGCACAAAACAAUAUGCAGAUAUAAAUUAUUAUAUAUUGAUUUUGCAUGAGUUAUGCACAGUCUAGUAAUUUAUUCAUGGUCUUGUUGGUAGCUGUUUGUAUUGAGAUUCUUGCUUUUGACAAAAACUUUGUACAUCCUUAUUUCUUUUGUCAAAAGUUGUGGAAAUUCUUGCGUGUUAUGGGAACGGGAUAAGUCAUGUUGAAAUGCACUGAAAAUGAAUACAUGAAAAUUAAUCAACACAUUUCAUCACAACUCUAAUCAUCAAAAAGCAUGGGUUCAAUUUUGGGUUGAUGUCUUAUAUCCAGUGUUAUAGGUUGUCCUGAAGUAUUUUAAAUCAAGUCAAUUUUACACACAUUGCCUAUACCAUGGCAUCCAUGGCCAAUUUAGAUUCACAUUUCAUUCUGAGUGGUAAGUUGGAGUCACUGGUUAUACUAGUGAAAGGGGAGGUAAUUGGAAAGGGGGAGGUAAUCAGAAUAUGGCCACAUACCCAGUAGGUUGAUUUCAUACAGUUUUCACUUGAAUGAAAUCAAAUUCUGAUUGAUUUUCAGCUACUGUUCAGCUGCUUUUCAUUUGUUGGUUUUAGUUCAUGGGAAAUGGUCAUUUUUGCCAGACUUCUUUAAAGUUGGGGUAAAGAAUUCUUGAUAUUGUUUAAUAAGCGCCUUUGGUACUAUGUUAGUGUUUUGUUUCUUUUGAUAGUAUGUCGUGUAAUUUUCACAGACGUAGUUUUCCAGCCAUUUUUAUGAAAUACCUCAUCUUCAAUGCUUUAAUAACGAUCAUUUCUAUUAGACAAACUAUAACUCAGGAGAUUUGUUAAUUUGUAGAAAUUCCUUGAGAAACACAGAAAUGCAACCAUUUAUCCUUUGUUACUUUUUUUUCUGACGAGGAAAAGUUUAUUUGGUCAAGUUACUAAAUCCCAGAAUACACGUGAUGCAAAUCUCAUGUUGAGAAUUGUUUCAUUUCUGAAUUUGAAGAAUAAAUCUGAAUAAUUCAUUACCCCUUGUGUAUUUAUUAUUUCCCAAUGUUUAGAUGAAUAGUGCGGAUAAAUAUUUUAUGAUGGGAAGAAAUCGAAGCUCUAGUAUAUCCAGUCCCAUCAUUGUGUUUUUUUCUAUUGUACUUUCUUAGGUUUGACAUGACUCUCGGAAACUUGUUGUGAAAGUCGAUUCCUGACGAUCAUUCCACUGGCGACACAUGAAUGCUGGCAGGCUUUCAUUUGGGACACGAACUUGUAUAGACUUGAAAAUAAACGGCAAUAAAUCUUA